GCCGAGAACUGCAGCACUCAGCACAGGUGAGCGCUAAUUGACAGCAGGACCACGCCAUGUGAGAGACCUGUGGAGCAGCACUGCAGGAAAGUGUACAACAUGCCGAUGAACAACAACCAGAAGGUGCAGAGUGCAGCUGCCAGGCUGGCCAAGCUGCCAGUGGUUUACUCAGCUUGUACCAAGCUGUCAGUCUUAUACAUUAACACUAAACACAGCCACCCCAACCUGAGGUCUGUGUGUGAGGGGCUGGAGAGCAGCGUGGCAGCUAUAGUUACACCUGUCUGUGUAAAACUGGAGCCCCACAUGUCCAUUGCAAUUGACGUGGCAUGUAAAGGUCUUGACUGGCUGGAGACUGCGUUCCCAGUGCUCCACAUGCCCACAGAGCAGAUUGUUGCCACUGCCAAGAACAAGAUGCAUGAGAUCCAGGAUGUGGUGAGCAUAGCAGCUAAUGGGACUGUGGACUGCGUACAGCACACAGUCACAUGGCUGAUGGCCGUGAGACAGCAGGGUGAUAACCAGGCUGACCAGCCUCUGGUGGAGAGAGUCAUCACUGUGGCCAGUGUGGGACUGGACUCUGCUCUGAUCAUGUCGGAGGUUCUGAUGGACCGAGUGCUUCCUCCCACUGAAGAAGAGGAAGAGGAAGAAGCUCACUUGUUGGAGGGUUUCGAGGCAGCCACGGUCAGGAGACGUUACCCUGCACGACUGGCUUCGCUCACUGUCAAGCUGUGUAGGAGGACCUUCCACGUGGUUGGGUCCAAGAUGCCGUCUAUUCAGGUAAUGGAGAAUUUGUCCAGGCCUUCAAGUCUGGUUCAGGACCUUCAGACCAGCUGCCUGACCUUGGUCUGGGGCAUCCAGGGACUGCCUCAGCAUAUGCAGCAUCAGCUCGUGUCUGUGUUCUUCUUUUUUUCCCAGAUGUACAACUUAAACUACCCACCUUCCCAACACCAGGACGACAAAGACAGACGCUGUCUCAAUGCAGCCGAGACUUCCCCAACUCACAAGGACGUGGUCUCUGCUCACCCACAAACUACGCCAUCUAGUGGCCAAAAGAGGCGGCCAGCCAAAAUGUCUCCAUUUAACAAUGGGUAUAAUGUUAAAGGAUGCGUUCGUCGCUGAACACUACUGUAAUUAUUUGAUAAACACAGUUGUGUUAAGCUAAUGUUCCGCAGCUCUCAAUGAGGUGCAACUGAAAUAAAACUUAAAUUCAUUCA